AUGCGGUCGUUUCUCCCCAUCAUGGCCCUGGCCUCGGCCGCGCAGGCCCUGCACUUCUUCAUUGACGGUGCGACGCAAAAGUGCUUCUACGAGGAGCUGCCCAAGGACACCCUCGUCUCCGGACACUAUGCCGCCGAGGAGUGGGACGACCGCGUCAACGCCUGGCAGCAGCACAAUGGUCUCAAGAUUUACAUUACCGUCGAUGAAGUCUUCAACAACGACCACCGCAUCGUCUCCAAGGCAGGUUCGUCGUCUGGCAAGUUUCACUUUGUCGCCAGCGAGGCCGGCGACCACAAGAUCUGCUUCAUGCCCUCGUCCACCUCGGGCCGCCCCGCGUGGCUCUCGACGUCGUCCCCCAACGGCGGCAUCAAGCUCAAGCUCGACAUGGUCAUUGGCUCGAGCAGCGAGAUUGAGAGCUCCGACAAGAACACCAUUGCCGACAUCACCACCCGCGUCAAGGACCUCAACAACCGCCUAAACGACAUUCGCCGCGAACAAGUCUUCCAGCGUGAACGCGAGGCCGAGUUCAGAGAUCAGUCCGAGUCCACCAACGCCCGUGUCAUUCGAUGGAUGAUUAUCCAGCUCGUCAUUCUCGGCGGCACCUGCGCCUGGCAGCUGUCGCAUCUGCGCACCUUCUUCAUCAAGCAGAAGCUGACGUAG